CAGUGUAUAAAGGAAGUGUUUCUGUGCUCUUUGGGCAACAGAGACUAAUCUCUUCUACACACUGUCUGAGUGCAUGUGCCUGUGUGUUUGAAAAGCCUGCAGUGCCUGACAGCAUGGUCUGCUUUAGACUGAUUCUGCUCUCCCUGCUCUCUCCCGUGGCCUGGGCUCAGAUCGAGAACCUGAAAGAAAUUGUCAACUUUCUCCAGACCAGUUAUGGAGAUGGAGGUCAGUUUGCUGUGGCCAUCAACGUCCCAGCCGAAAAGUGUUCCGCUGGCGUACACCCUGAUCAGAACUUCCUCCCCAACGACAACGCCCAGAAUGCAAAGGCCAGCAUGAACAGUCCUCAGAGAGUUUACCGAGGUCAAGAGCUGAUUGGUGCCAAACCUAAGCCCAUCCCGAAUACGAUUAGUAACUACCACUCUGAGUACCUCCUGCUGAUUCUGUCUGACCCACCUAACCAAUCUCCUAAUGAUCCGCUCAUGCAGAAACUCCUGAACAGAGAUCCAAAUGGAUGUGUGAUCUUCUAUACCUUCAACUCCCCUUGUGUGAGAAGCUGCUCCACCCCGACAAACCGCUACAGUAUCAUCCCCGCUCUGGACGGAAUCAAGAACCACAAAGGAGCAAAGGCUUUUGUUUUUGGGCAGGUUUGGAAACAUGAUGAAAACAAAGCUCAGUGGGAGAUGAAUAUGAAGGAAAUAAAUAUAAAAGUGCCGCUGUAUCGGUGUGAUAACGCCGGCUGCACUCGCUGUGUGGAUAACAAUAACGUAGUUCAAGCUCAAUGCAAGGCCAGUUAGCAUCAUAGCUAACAACAUGGCCAGAGUCUGUUUUCUGCUUGCCCAAAAAGUAACUCUUAUUGUUACUAAUUACUGAUCAUUUGUGUUUUUAUAUGUGUCAAUAAAUACUGCAGCAUUCAAAUCAA